UCAAAAAGGCUUCAACCUGUUUAUUGCCUCUCGCAGUCAAGGUUUACUGUCAUACUAAAAAGAUAUGUCUUUAAAACCAACCACGUGACUUUCUUGGCCUUCGGAAAGUCCCCUAGCUUCCUGCUAACACAAUGCAAAAACGCCAUAGCUGGACUAACGAAACACCAAUGUUGCUCUGUUCUUAUAACCUGCAAGCAGCAGAUAUUUGAACACAAGUAGCACAGCCCACACAUGUAAACUUAUCAUCUAAAAAUUCACACGGGCAUUUAUUCGUUGUCCACUCUGAAAAGCAGUAAUAUUGUAAAACUUCAUUGAAAUCCAAAUGCUCGCUCCACCCCCAAUGCCGAGUAAUGUACAGCAAACAUUCACUGCAGUGUUCAGUUUUACCGGGACAUAUUCUUCAAAAGGUUGAAAAGUUGAAGUUAAGGCUCUUUGUUGCUUUUUUUAACCAUGGUUACCACCAUUUUUAUGUAUGGGUAUAAUAAAGCCAGUAGCUUUUAAUCACAACAUCGAAUGAGUCUGCGUCACAGCUCGUUGGCCAGCUGGCUCUCGUCUGUCUCUUUUCCUUUCAGGCUUGCUAAUCAAUAAUUCAUCCGGCAGCUCAUAUCGAUGGCACCUGCUCCCUUUUCUCAUGCCCUCGACCGCUCACCCGCUCUAAUCCACAGGCUGAGAUGAAUUUUCAUCGCAAGGGGAUCUGGUGAAAGACAAAAGGAUUUUUUUUUUGAUGUUUUGAGUGCGUCAGACAUUCGGAGGAGAGUAGAGUUGAAGGAAAGAAGGGGACUGGUAGUGCUUCAGGUUGCUUACACCCAGUCGAAGUGCGCAAGUUUGAAUGGGCGUACGGACUCCUCCAACUUGCUCUGUCCCCAUUGUCCUCUUUUGAAGCUAUUCCAUAUUUGAAUUUCAUAUUCGCUCUCCCGUCGGGCACCAUGUCAGGAACCAGCAGUGACCAGCUGCACAGAUCAACCUUAUCUGUCUAUUCCAACCUGAUGGAACAUUUCAACCCUGGCCUUCAGAAGCUCGUUGCGCUGGGUAACAGCUAUGUCAAAGCUUUCCAGGCAUUAGGUGUUUGUAGUGAGGCCUACUUCAGCGCUGUAGCCAAAAUGGGCGACCAGGCGAUUCACACGCUAUCUUCCCGCUCCCUUGGGGAUGUCUUGAUCCAGAUAUCUGAGACACAACGGAGACUCACUGCUGAGAUGGAAGGAGUGUUCCGAUGGUUCCAGGUGGAGGUGUUACAAGCCAUGGAGAAGAACGUCAAGUUGGAUGAAGAGUACAUCGACAGUAGCCGGCGAGUGUAUGAACUGGAAGUGAGGAACCAGGCGGAGGCUUUGGAGAAACAACUAAGACGGGGAGCCUUCAGGGACUCUCUGGAGAGCAGCGACUACAUGCAGUACUUGAAGCAGAGCCAGCAGGAGAUCCUGAAGGAGGAGGAGAGGCGAUAUCGUUUCCUGGCAGAGAAACACUGCGGUUUGACCCAGUCCCUUCUCUUUCUGGUCAACAAGACAGGCGUGGCUCUCCAGUAUAAAGCAGAAGGGUGGAAGGAGAAAAUAAAUGAGACCAGAUCCGGAUCUCGGACUCCCACGAAUUUGGACCAAGAGGCCCAGCUGCGAGGCUCCGUGAGCUCCCUACUGCAGACGGUAGCCAGAGAUGACGACAUGUCCUGGGCCAGGCGAGAGCAACAGGCACUGGGCAAGGUGCCCUCGCGAGCACCAUCACCCCUGCCUAGCCGCUCGCGCUCCAGCUCGGUGGGAGAAUCUCUGGGUCUGGAAGGAGGGCGUCCCAUGAAGGCCCUGGUGUCUCACCCCGCAUCAUCCAACCCCAAGCUGCUUUCUUUCAACCGGGGGGAGACGGUCACCCUGCUGGUCCAGGAACCGCGCAACGGCUGGUUAUAUGGCCGCACCGACAACAGCUUAAGACAAGGCUGGUUUCCUGCUGCUUAUGUGGGCCUCAUAGAUGAUUUCGACAGCAGUAUGAACAACCUGCUGGACCCCGGCGAUACCCAAAAUGACCAAUCAGAGGGCAGGAGCUAUGGCGAUGUUCCACCGCCGGCAACGCCCAACCGCAGAGCGUCUGUAGACUUCCGGCCCGUUUCUCCUCUCCUUGAGAAGAAGGCGGAACAGAUGGUGGAGAUGAAACCUAUUCAUACAAAGACCAUACCUGAGGUACCGCCUCCUCCUCCUCCUCCUCCUCUUCAGAAUCUCCGACGGGGCUCUGUGGAUUUGCGACAGCUUUCUCCCACCCCUGACGCACAGGCUUUAGCACCCAACGGCCCACCUGAGAACCCUCUAUUUCCGAGAGGCACAAACCCAUUUGCCACCGUGAAGCUUCGCCCCACCAAGACGGAUGACCGAUCUGCUCCUCACAUCCAUUGAUUGCACCAGUCCAGACUCCAGUUUGUAUAUUAGGCGGCAGUGAUGAAACAAAACUGAGAGGUUUAGUUGAAUAUUUACGACUGCGUUUUUUUUCCAUUUCAUUUAGUACACACCUGAAUUGAAAGCAUCCGCAUGAAACACAUUUUGUUUAGUUAUUAAAACGCCAAUUGCCUCAAAUACUUUACUGUUUUUUCUAUUUUGUAUACAGUAUGCUGUGCACAUUCAUUUUCUAAAGUCUAAAAUGUGAUUAAUUGAAUUAUGAUUUGGAGUCUUUGACCCUUCACACCUUGGACAAUGUUAAUACCCAUUCGUUAUUUCAAUGGUGAUCGUGUAUUUUAAUAUUUAUUGUAUUGAAAGUACCGGUAACAAAAGAAAUAUCACUUACUCAAGCACGCUUUUAUUAUCAUUUCUUAAUGUCUUCUCCCAUUUCUUGGUUGUGUUUAUUGUGUCAUUUCGAGGGGGUGUGUAAGUGAAGAGGAGAAGGAUGAAGGUGCACUGGCAUGUGACCAAACCAUGAAAAUAUGAAAAAUAAUCAUUUGGAAUACAA